UACCUGACUUAUGAGGAUUGUUUGAAAAAAGCAUACGAAGCGGCCGAACACUGCCGGGCUCAGUCCGAGGAGACGCAGCUCUCGGUUAGCUUCAAUGACAUUUGUGAUGGAUAUCAAGAAAAGUUGAAAAGACUCUGUCUAGCUCACUCUGCAAAAGGUUUGUAUUGAUUGUCAAAAAAACUGGUGUAACAUGCAUCAAAAGUGACAGUGUGUACAAAUGAUGCAGGGCAUAGCUGAAAACACCGAAAUAAUUGCUUAUCGAAGAACAUAAGUUUAGCGGAAUCCUUUAAAUUGCCGGAAUCCUUACUCUCACAUGACGUAUUCUACUCGAGCAUCUUAGGAUCCUUAAUACAUGCGAGCACUUUUUUCCUGAUGUUAAAUGAUUAUAAUCAAUUUUCCUUUUCCUCAACAAUCAAAAGAUAAAUUGAUUAUUAGGCUUGUAUUUUGCCUCAGCGGGCCAGGAAUACGUCAACAGCCAAAUGCUGUGUUAUCCCUUCAGUAUUGGCUACAACAAACGUUCAUUCACCCAUGAAAGGGACUCCGGAUUUCGGAAUCCGGGAAAUUGUUGCACGUGGAAUCCGAGAUACAGCUCCAGGAAUCCGGAAUCCUACUAACAACUAGAAUCCAGAAUUCCACUUCCACUGACAAAGGCUGCGGAAUCCAGUACCUGACAUCCGGAAUCCACGACGUGGAAUCCAGAAUCCAAGAUUGUCUUAGAUUCCCUUACAUGGGCCGAAUUUUACAAGUGUCGCUGCGACUAAUCCUUAGAACUCAAUGUCUUCCUUUUCUUUGGCAAAUUUACCAUGUACCUUUUAAAAAAUUAUAUCUGUGCUGUUAUUUACAGUGCCUUCGAAAGCUAUACCUCAUUGGGAAGGGCCAAAAUUAAAAUUUCAGAAAAAAAUAUGCGGUCUCAGGAAUAAUAAACCCAUAACAUUCCGCAAAAAACAAAAAACAAAAAACAAAAAAAAAAUUAAGGCAUACAGUAUUUCUGCAUAAUUAUUUUCAAAAAUAUUUAAUAGUGUAAUUUUGCCAGGAAAAUUGUCUCUUUUGUAUAAUACAGUAGAAAUAUUUUUUUCUUUAAUAUCUAAGCAAAACAGAGCGACUAACAAUUUUCUACAAAUUUAUCUUGUGACGCUGUCAUAUUAUUCAAGUGAGGUCAGAGCUAAUUAGCAUAAGCGUCACCUUGUGGCCCGUAAUUUUCUUUCCAAAGACGCUGUAUUUUUUUAGUUUCUCGGCGAAAUAUCGUGCUAUUUAUUUCACCAUAAUAUUAUAAUGUUGCAUAAUUUCUCAUUUCAUGUAUACUUUUAUACAUACCUGCAAGGUUCAGUUGUUUUCGCUUAAAUUUUCUAGUAAUACUGUUAUUUUUCUGUUCCAAUGCCAACACCCAAUUUCACAUGAACUUUUCACAUAAACUCCCGGAUUAGUCUUUCUUUUUUGUUUCAGUUUACGUUUUGUCUGUUGAAUUUUUAGCUUCUUGCCUGGCGUGCUUUGAACGAAUGGAAAAGGUCUUGAAAAACUGCGAAAUGUUUUCCGAAAAUGUUAACUGUGAUCUUAACGCCACGACCAGUGAAUGCAACGAAACCAGGGUGGCGCUCAUCAAGCAUUGCACUCACAAAGAAUGUGGAGGUAAGUACGUUCCACUUGAAACUCAAUAAACCUCUAAAGAAAGAUUAGCCGGAAUUAUAAAAACUGAUGUAAAAUGCGGUAAACAAGUACGCCAUUUGCAAGUCAAGGGCAUUAAACAUAGAGUUUCAUGCUUUGCCUGAAAACAUGAAAACUGCUGGCAUAAUUUUGAAAACUGAGAGGGAAAUCUGGGAUAAAGAUGGUAAAUGCCGCAUUUGCCUCUGAUUUACAUCCCGUAUUUUAAAAUUUAUUGGUCUAGGUAAAUGUGGCAUUUACCAUCGUUGCCCAUAUUUACAGCUCAGUUUUUACAUUUUUGGAGCAAAUUUUUGUGCAAAUCCUUAGAAUUCUUUCAUAUAGUACAUGCAUUUGCGCUACUCACCUUUACGUAUACACUGUAUACCGGUGACUCAUUUUUUCCCUUUAUCUUAAGUCUGCAAAGAACUUUAUUGCCGCAACGGAGGGAAGUGCGCUGGUCCUACUGCUGCUUGGUGCUCGUGCCCGUCAGGAUACGGUGGAGCGUUUUGUCAAAAAAGUAAGUAUAAUUUUAUAUAUUAG